AGUCACCGACACGGCUAUGCAGCCUCGUGUCAACGUCAUGUAUUUGCAGCAAUCACCACGGAUGGUUACGGGAAUGGCGCUGUUCGUGCAUGUUCGACAGGCGAGGGUCGCGAGCCCGAAGUGGGGCAUUCUUAAUCGCCGUCCUGUGCAAACCACUCUGGGGACGACAAAUUUCUCGCCGUAGCAGGGUCAAAAGCCCUACAUUGCAAUCGAGCCUCAAAUUGACAGAUGAGGCACCAAAGCCUACAGUAUUUCGAGCCCAUUCGGCAGCUCACAAUAAGUUAGUCACCAAGAUUCAUGGCGAGGUGAAGCGGUGGUGCUGUGAGGGUCUCGAAAUAAAUCGCCCCCAAAAAGCACGGGAGUCACGAUACGGCACUGGAUAAGUCCCUGAUGGAAUGGCUGGGCAUCAUGGCUCACGCCCGGAGUAGCAUUAUUGAAUUCGUAAAAAGUGUUUUAAAGCUAUUGCACAAUUUUAGCGGAGUACGCCGUCGAUUUGGGUGGCAGGGAUACUUCUCAAAAAAACGAUUCAGC